CGAUAGUGCCAUCCAAGCAGCACGUUCAAGAAAUGAUCUUGUGCUUGCUGCACGAACUUCACAUGGUAGCUCUGUUGCUCUUUCUGGGAGUGAUGAAUCAGGCGUUCGACCUCGUCUGGGUUUUUCUGCCGACGAUCGCCGGUACAACAACUUCACGCCGCUUGGAUUGAGGACGCUUCGAAAUCAACACAAAUUCUGACACAUGGCCGCAGUCAAGAUCAUCACUCAAGCGAGUCACGUUGGACACACCUCUCUAAGAUAUGCGCAUGUCCGUGACGUAAUGCGCAAGGGACAGUAUAAAACCUCGGCCAAAGGAUUGCUUCACCAGAGGGCACGGCGAAACGGCUGCGACCGUGCCGCUGACCAAGAAAUUCGUUCUUCUUAUGCAGUUUUCAAGGCCUGCAACGUGAAGUUGAUCAGCUUGGUCGGCGUGAUGGAGGUGCUCAAGCAGCACUGGGAGGAGUACACGGCGGUGCCAUGCGUGAAGGGGAUGCUAUCAAGGGCCUUCCCGGACUUCAGCGAAGAAUGUUCCAUGAGCGGAUCCUAUGGAAAUUCAAUUAAAUGCAUGCAGUCACCAGAAGCCUUCGCGGUCAUCGGAAAGAAACAGCAGGAGGCCGUGGCACCAGCUUUCAAAUGCCUCAUCGACAACGCCCUGCCUUGAAGAACGUCGACGCAGCUGCAGAGACAAGGCUUUCAGUGCUGUCUACAAGACUGAAUUUUCUAGACUUGCGCACUUCCAGAAGUGCUCUGCGACGACUUGAAAAUAAGAUUGUUUGGAAGUUUCGAGCACAUUAUUAGUUGACAAUCCGAUAUUAUGGCUGAGUCCACAUAACUAGUUACUCCAUCAAGCAUGGUGCACUUGCUUUUUAUUUUACUUUUACAAUAAAAAAUACUGUGCAAGACA